AUGGCCUUCACGGCACAUAGAGGCUCAUCGUCUUGUGCCUCACACCUUGAGAUGUCGAGGAAGCUACUAUACAGGUGGCACCUGACACCCAAAAAACUGUCCAAAAUGUACAAAACAACAGAUAACAAAUACUGGAGAUGUCGGAGGACACCUGGGGACACACUCCAUAUAUGGUGGAUGUGCCGACUGAUACGGCCAUUCUGGACGAAGGUAGAUGACAUAAUCACUAACAGUACAGGGAGACGAGCGCCACGAACCGUAGAAACAUACCUACUGCACAUCAUGCCAAAUAGCCUACCGAAGCCUAUCCGCAAACUGACGUUUCUCAUAAUAAUAGCAGCAACGACACUGAUUGCUAGAAACUAG